AUGUUUCUCUUGCGGGGACCUGGAGCUCUCUGUGCCUACAGACGAGCCGGUCUUUUCCCAUCCUUGUCACAUAGAUGCCUCGCGACGAAGGCCUACGACCCACUCCGGAUUCUCUUUUGCGGAUCUGACGAUUUCAGCAUAGCUUCGUUGAAAGCUCUCCAUGAAGAACAUGUCAAGCGACCGGAUCGGAUUGCCUCAAUUGAUGUCGUUUGCAGACCAGGGAAGAAGGUUGGAAGAGGGUUGAAGCAGAUCCGCGAGGUUCCCAUCAAAGCGGCCGCAACGGAGUUGUCGCUUCCGAUCCACGAGAUAGAUACUUUUCGAGGCUGGACGCCGCCUACGCUACCCGGGGGCCCUAUAAACCUGAUCAUUGCCGUCUCAUUUGGGCUGUUCGUACCUCCGCGGCUUCUCAACGGCGCGAAGUAUGGAGGUCUAAAUGUCCAUCCAUCGUUGCUUCCCGACUUCCGGGGCCCUGCACCACUACAUCAUACCUUGUUAGCCGGUAAAACUAAGACCGGUGUCACCCUUCAGACGCUUGAUCUCAAGCACUUCGAUCAUGGCACUAUCCUGGCGCAGACUCCAGCCCCUGGCUUCGACAUUCCCAAUCCAGAUGCAUGCACGGUACCCGAUUUAUUGAAUCUGGUUUGUCCGAAGGGCGCGGAUAUUCUCGUCAAGGGUAUACGGGAAGGUCUUUUUGUUCCCCCGGUGGAAGAUGCGGGCUGGCGAGCCUCUGAAGGAGACGGCCCAUUGGUCCAUGCGGCCAAGAUCAAGCCGGAGGACAGGCAUAUAGAUUGGCAAAACUGGUCAUCCCUGGACAUCAGCAGAAGGAAUCGCGUUUUGGGUCCACUCUGGAGCAAGGCAUUGGUUGCCAACAACACUUCCAGUGAAAAACCUUCCUUCCAACACCGGCGAGUUAUCUUCACCGAUUUUGAAGAAGUAACACCACUCAAAGGCUGCAACAAGUUCUCCGUUGUCCCAGGCUUGCCAUUCGUGGAUGGCACGCAUCCCAUCGAUUCUACAAAGGGAAAGGGCGUUUACGUGUUCACGCGAGAUGGGAAGCUCAUUAAGGUACACCAGAUGAAGGUGGAGGGCGAGCCGAAUGCUGACGCUCUCCGCGCUGCUCUGAAGGCUCGGAUGGUUGGCGACCGGACAUUUUACUCCGGUGAAGUGGGCUAUACGCCGUUUUACAACCCUCUUGUGUAG